AUGGGAGGUAAUUCACAGCAAGGAGACAAAAGUACCGCAGGGAAAGGUCAAGUUAACAAGGAAUCUUUGGGUUCGUCUAGUGUUUUAGCCAUUUCGAACCUAAGGUGCCCUUCGCCGCCACCUAUUUUGCAGCAUAAUAGAAGUGUCAAGAAUGUCGAUGAUGUGAGAUCUGUUCUGAAUGAAAGUGAUAGUAGGGAAAGGCCCAAAAACGGUGGUUCCACUAGUACGGAUUACUUAGUCGGUAAGACCUUGGAUAGGGUAGAUAGUACAAUUUCAGACAUAAAUAUAGGUGGUGCUAAUAAUAUCAACUCUAGCAAUAACAAUUUCAAUAACUUAAUUGCGUCUCUGUCAUCGCAGUCAAGUGAUAUUGGCGGCUUAGAUGUAGAAGAAAACCCUUCCAUAUCCAAGGUUUUAGACACGCAUUCAAACUUUAAUGACGCAGCUGCUGCUAAGGCAGUCACUGCUGCUAUGGCAGCACAAAUGGCUAGAGAAAAGUUACAAAACGACCAUAUUAAUUCAAAGGGAGAAACUGUGCAUUUACAACAACCUUCACAGCAUCAGCACCAAAGAACUCCUUCGAUGCAUGCCCACUUUUAUCUUGAUGAUACACUGAGACAUCCUUCAAGUGCUCCUAGAUCUAGAAGCGGUUCAGCAAGCCAAAGCGAUGUGAUUCUCAAGCCCUCGUUUGAGACAUCUAUGAAUAUUUCCGGCAGCAACUCGCCGAGUCUGAUAGUUCAGGCCGGUGCAUCUAAUCUCAAUGAUGUUAAGACAAGCUCGAGAAAUGGUAGUGUGUGUGUGCAACUCCCGACCUCUCCUCCUGGACACGGAAUGGGUGCCAAUGGUUCUAUUGUGUCAGUGCCUCAAAUAUGCUUGUCCGGUGGUAUAACGCCAGCGAUGGUUGCUAGUAGGCUCCAACACGAUGACGGUAAAUUGCAUGUCUUAUUUGGUGCCUGCGGUUCUGUGUCGAUUAAGAAGACCAAGUUAAUAAUAAACAAGCUAGACGAUAUUUACAAAAAUAAGAUAUCAAUUCAAUUGAUAUUAACUGGUUCCGCUUGUAACUUUAUCUCCAAAGGAGAAUUUUCUUCAAAUAUUCAUAUUUGGAAAGAUGUUGAUGAAUGGAGUUCUUGGAAUAUCAGGACAGAUCCUGUGUUGCAUAUAGAGCUAAGAAAAUGGGCAGAUAUUUUAAUUAUUGCCCCUCUAACGGCAAAUACUUUGAGUAAAAUUGCAUUAGGGUUGUGUGAUAAUUUGUUAACUAAUGUUGUUAGAGCGUGGAAUACACAGUAUCCGAUACUUUUAGCACCUGCAAUGGUUUCUUUUGCGUACACUUCCGUUAUAACGAAGAGGCAUUCUAAGGUAAUCCGUGAACAUAUGCCAUGGAUCGAAAUUUUGAAACCUACAGAAAAGGUGAUGAGCAGCUACGGUGAAAUAGGCAUGGGUGGAAUGAUGGAUUGGAAUGAAAUUGUAGUGAAAAUCGUUGAAAAACUUGGCGGGUAUCCAGAAGAGGAGGAUGAGGAUGAAGACGAAGACGAAGGUUGUGAAGAUGAGGAUGAUAAUGAUGUUACAAACGAAAAUGAUGAUGAUGAUGACGAUGAUGACGAUGAUGAUGAUGAUGAUGAUGAUGAUGAUGAUGAUGAUGAUGAUGAUGAUGAUGAUGAUGAUGAAAACAAUGAUGAAAACAAUGAUGAAAACAAUGAUGAAAACAAUGAUGAAAACAAUGAUGAAAACAAUAAUGGUGAAGAAGACAAUGAUAACGAAAAUAAAAUCAUCAAGGAGAGUCAUCAUGGAAACCCGUCCCUUCCAUCGUCGGUUACAUCUCCAGAAUCAUAG